AUGCACCAGAGAGUUGCUACUAAGAGGAAGAGGAAUCUUGAUCCAAUGCUUCAUUGUGAGGGGGAGAGUGAUGUGGAGGAUAUUUAUGACAAUGCAACUCAGUGUGAUGAUAUUUCAACAAUUCCAGCAGUGAAGAGGCAAGUGAAGAGGCCUGGUCCAACAUUGAGAUCACAUUCUCAAGUAGAGGCAGAUGUUAUUCCAGAUUGGGUUCCUUCUGAUGAUGAGGGUGACAAAGGAUUUCUGAAAGAAGAAGAGGAUGAUGGGUAUGAGCCAUUGCCUUUUGUGUUAGCAGGAGGGAGAAAGAGCAGAGGAAAGAUGGCCAAGGAGAGGGUGUGGUAUGAUGAUAGUAGACAGAAUCCAGAGCAACAAUUCAUGGUGGGACUUUGCUUCAAAGAUGUGUAUCAAUUCAGGCAAGCUUUGGCUAGACUCCACAUUGUGCAGGUCAGGAAUUUCCAUUACCACAGGAAUACACCUGACAGGAUCAUUGUGUGGUGCAAGGACAAGCAGAAGAAAAAGAAUGAAGAGAAUGUGAAGGAGGAGGAGAAAAAGUGGGACUGUCCAUUUUAUAUGAAAGCUGCCAAGAUAAAAAAUGAGGCUACAUUUUGCAUAAAGAAAAUGGAGUUGAAGCACACAUGCCCAACAGAUCCAUCUAGCACUAGGGUUAAUGCAAAGUGGCUUAGUGGUACAUAUGUUACUGAAUACAAAUCAAACAUCAGCACUUCCAUCAACACUAUGCAAGACAAAGCACAGAAAGAUUUUGGAGUGGAUGUUCCCAAGAGGAUGGCUUACAGGGCAAGGACCAAGGCAAUUGAGAUGGUGAUGGGUGAUCACAAGCAACAAUAUCACAGACUAAGGGAUUAUCUGCAGACUGUUAUAGACAAAAACCCUGGUUCCAGGUGCAUUGUGACCACUGUCACAGGUCCAACAGAUGAGCAGGUUGAAGCAAUGAAAAAAGGACAGAUGGUGGACAUAUCUUACAGCCCUAGAUUCCAUGGAUUGUUCUUCUGUGUCAAUGCUGCUAGAGAAGGGUUUCUACAGGGCUGCAGACCAUUUAUUGGUUUGGAUGGUUGCUUCAUUAAGCUCACCUCUGGAGCUCAAAUCCUUGCAGCUACUGGCAGAGAUGGAAAUAACAACAUCUAUCCAAUUGCAUGGGGAUUGGUUGCCAAAGAAGAUACAGAGAAUUGGCAGUGGUUUCUUGAGCAGUUGAAGCAUGCACUUGGUGGAGAACAUGGACAGUUUGGGUACUACACUAUGAUGUCUGACAGGCAAAAGGGAUUACUGAAAGCAGUGUCCACAAUGUUCCCUAAUUCACCACAGAGGUACUGCCUGAGGCAUAUAUAUGCCAAUUUUCAGACAGCAGGCUUUAGAGGAGAGGACUUGAAGAAGUGCAUGGAUAAUGCUGCAUACUCAUACACAAAAGAUGGUUUUGAUGAAGCAAUGGAGGAGAUGAAGAAGCAGAGUGAGGAAGCAUGGAAAUGGUUGAGCAAGAUACCAGUGGAGGCAUGGGCAAGGUUUGCAAUGGACACCAAUUGUCAAACAGAUUUAGUGGUAAACAAUCUGUCAGAGGUAUUUAACAAAUACAUUCUUGAUGUCAGAAUCAAACCAAUAGUGACAAUGCUUGUAGGAAUAUAUGACAAAUGCAUGGUCAGAUGGGAUGGAAAAAGAGAUGGUGCAGAGUCAGCUGGAUGGGAAAUUACACCACAUUAUGCAGAACUGCUGGAGUUGAUGAAGAAGUACUCAAGAAAUUGCAUCCCUAAGAGGGCAGAUAAAGGACUAUGGCAAGUGAAAAGUGGGAAAGUUACACAUGAGGUCAACAUUAGUUCUAGGACAUGCUCUUGUAGGAAGUGGCAGCUCACUGGCUUGCCCUGCAACCAUGCAGUGAGUGCCAUUUAUAAGGCUGCUAUGUGUCCAGAAGAUUUUGUGUCUCCUUUUUUCACAAAAGAAAUGUACUUGAAGAGCUACAAGCCUGUAUUCAAUCCAAUGCCAGCACAGCAUGGUUGGACUAAGACAGAUACAGUUGACAUCAUGCCACCUGCAUUCAAAGAUCACUUGAAGGGUAGAAGGGCAGAAAAAAGGAGGAAGGGCAAAUUUGAGCCUCCCACACCUAAAGAGACAUCAAGAAUGUCCACAAUUACUUGUAGCAACUGCAACUUACAGGGCCACAAGUACACUAGCUGCUCACAACCUUUGAGGCAUGACCUAGCUAUGAGGAAAAACAAUCACAAGGCCAAUAGAACAAUGCCAACAGCAAAUGCUUCUGGGACUAAUGUACCUGCUUGUUCUUCUGGGACCAAUGUACAUCAUGUAGCUCCAGGAAAUGCUCCACCAAAUGCUUCAAGAUCUGCUCCAGGCACAGCUCCAAGGUAUACUGCAAGGAAUGCUCCAGGAAAUGCUUCUUCAUCUGCUCCAGGAAAUGCUUGUUCAUCUGCUCCAGGAAAUGCUAGUUCAUCUGCUCCAGGAAAUGCUGGAAGAUCUGCUCCAGGAAAUGCCAGGGGUUUGUCUGGUUAUUUCUAUGCAGGAGCAAAUGCUGGUCCAGGAAGAGAUGCAUCUGACCCUCCUCUCCAAGAAAGAAAUUAG